AUGUCCUGCAGCACUCUGCUGCCUCUGGCGCUUUCAUAUGAUCACCUUCCACAGCAGAGGCAUGUUGACACAGCAGUCAAAGAAGAGCUGGAAAAGAUAAUGCAACUGAAGGAGAUCCACUUAACCUGUGAGACAUCCCAGCAGGGAGAAAAAUCCUCUGUGCCUGCAGUCACAUCUGCAAGGUUUUCAACAUACAGGCAACCGAGUACCCACAGCUUGAAGAAAGGAGAUGAAGUGGUGCAGAAGGACCUGCUGCAGCAGCUGUCUGUACUGUCGGUGGUGGAGCUGCAGAAAGUCAACUGGUGUCUCAGCCAGAAGGUUCUGCAGGACUUCCCACCUAUCCCCCCAGACUGGCUGGGGUCUUCCAAAGCUUCCCACACUGUCAAAACCAAGGUGAGGUGCUACCAGGAGGAGGGAGCAAAGAAGAUUCUGACUGAGAUCCUGAGACUGAUGAAACCACACUCCUACGAAUGCAGGUUCCACAUUGUGGCUCCACCAAUUAACAGUCAAGCUCCAAAAGCUGAUUUUGAUCCUGACUUUGUCAGAACUCAUCGACGGGAGCUGAUCAGCAGGAUGCAGUGUCCCAUAGAUGUCCUGAAUGUUUUGAAGUACCGCCAGAUCCUGAACGCUGCAAACAAAGAGGUCAUCAGCAUCUUUGCGGGUCUUAAAAACAAGAACCGGGCUCUGGUGGAUCUUGUGCUGAGCAUGGGAGAAGAAGCCCAGAACAUUUUCUGCCAGGCUCUGAGCCAAUCGGAGCCUUUCCUGUUUCAUGACCUGGAUCAUCAUCCAAUCAGUGACAAGAAAUCUCCCCUUGCAGAGAUGAUUGAGUUCCUGGUUUCAGACGAGCUUAGAGCUUUCCAGUGGUUGAUCAGCUGUGACCUGUCUGAAGAUUAUCAUCAGCUACAGCAAGCAGACAGGCAGACCACGCAGAAUGUCUUGGAACAACACUUAGGACCUGAACGGGCCGCAGAUUUAGCCCAGAGUAUCCUGAGGAAGAUUGUCCCGCUGCACAGUCUCGAUGUGGAAAGUCAAUCACAACUGUCUGACACCUGGACUCAAAGCAGAGAAGAGAUGAACGCUGAUGCAACAGUGAUUGAGAUUACACCUGAUGUUCAUGAGAAUGGCACCAUGUUCAGGCUACGCCAUCUGCAGGCUGCUGUGAUUCGCUGCAGUGUGACCGAUUUGAUGUUGGAGGGCGGCGGUGACGUCAUCUACCAGAUAGUUCCCUGGGACAUGGACUUCCUGUCCUCCAAAGGCCUGAGACCAGCUGGACCGCUGUUCAGGUUCACUCUGCUGACAGGACACUUCCACCAACUCCACCUGCCUCACUGCCAGCUGAGUCCAGGUGGUGGUCAGUGCUCUCUGUCUGUAGCACAUGUGACUGAGGACUGUGUUGACUUCAUCCCUCCUGUGAAUGUGACUGAUCAUCAUGUGGUCGUUGGCAUCUCCAGCUUCUCCUGCCUCGGUUUGGUGACCGAAGAGGCCUGUGAUGCUCCAAUCAGAGGGCGGGUGCUGCUGUUCUCAGAGCUGUCUGAUAAUCCAAAGGUGGACUCCUCGGUGUACGUUCUGCUGCAGCCCAACAACAUUCCCAUCAGUGAGGUGAGAAGUGAAUGGAGGAAACGGAACAAGGCAGAAUACAUGGAAUCUGCCUGUGAAUGUGAGCUGAUCCCAUAUCAGACGUACAGUCUGAGUGGACAGCCUGUCAAACUCAUCCAGCCUGAGCACUCAAAGUUUCUGAACUUCUCAGACUACAACAAUUUCUUUCCGUCAUUCGAGGUGCACGUAGCAACAGAGGUGAACAAAGUCAAGCUGCAGCUGACAACUAAAAAACCUGCUCACAGUUUGAUGGGCUGGUUGUUCAACUUCGGAGAGACAGAGGUGUGGAAGCGCUUGAUCCAGAUCCACAGAAAAGCAGGUCUUCCAUCGGCCUGUGCAGCAGAGAUGUCUGAGGUGAAGGAUCAGCUUUUCAAAAUACUGACAAGUCUCCUGUCUGAUGGUUUCGAAGAAUUCAAGAAGUUCCUGAGCCAUCGCGACGAUCCCAUCCCUCGAUGCCAUUUGGAAGCGGCCGACAGGAUGACAACGGUGGAGCUGAUGGUGCAGAAGUACCUCCCUGAUGGGGCUAAGGACAUCACUGUAGAGAUCCUGGAGAAGAUGAACAUGAAUCAUCUGGCACAGAACCUGAGGAACUGCUGA